AUGACUGUACCAGCGUUCUAUGCUGGCGGCGUAUGGAAGAUCCAUGUCGAACUGCCGGAGCAAUAUCCAUACAAGAGCCCAAGCAUUGGAUUUAUGAACAAGAUUCUACAUCCAAACAUUGACGAAAUGAGUGGAUCUGUGUGUCUGGACGUUAUCAACCAGACAUGGUCACCGAUGUUUGGCAUGAUCAACAUCUUUGAGGUGUUCUUACCCCAACUUCUCGCAUAUCCAAACGUCUCAGAUCCUCUCAAUGCCGAAGCUGCGCAUCUCAUGGCCCGUGAACCAAAGACAUACGAGAUGAAAGUCAAAGGCCCGCUCUGUUACCUCUCCUCUCAGUAUGUCAAGCGCUUCGCGAGCCAGUCGUCUACUCCCGCUUCCGAGGCAGUCAAGAAAGAGGGCGCAGACGAGGACGAGGAAGAGGAGCACGUCAUGAGCGAUGUAAGCCUCAGUGAUGAGGAAGAUCCAGCAGGAGACAUGGAGUUAUGA